AAGCAAACAAAUGGUUGCAAAAUCCACCCUUUUUAGACGGCUUUACAGCGUGUGUAUGCGACAUUUCAGCUCUGACAGCAUGUCGUUCAAGUUUUCAGCAAAUCUUGCAUUUAUGUUCUCUGAGUUUCCUUCCAUGGUUGAGAGAUAUGAUGCUGCAAAAGCCGCAGGAUUUAAAUAUGUUGAGAGUGCAUUUCCCUACUUGGAGCCUUUGGAAUCUGUUCAGAAUGCUAUAGAAAAAUCUGGUCUAGAACAAGUUUUGAUUAAUGCUUGGCCAGGAGAUUUAAGUAAAGGUGAUCUUGGGAUAGCUGCUUUGCCAGACAGACAAGAGGAAUUUGAAAGCAAGCUAAACCUGACACUUGAAUAUGCAAAGGCCCUGAAAUGUAAACGAAUUCAUGUUAUGGCAGGCAUGAAACCAAACAAUUUUGAUGAAACUGAAAUGGAGAAAACCUUUAUUAAGAAUAUAACACUGGCAGCAAAGAGGUUUGAACCAGAGGGAAUCACCUGUGUAAUAGAACCCCUGAACAGUAGAAUAACAGCACCCCGUUACUUUCUUACUGAUAUUAACAAGGCUGUUGAAAUAAUCAAGAAAAUCAACAGACCUAAUUUGAAAUUACAAUUUGAUUUCUUUCAUGUGCAGAUAAUGGAAGGAAACUUAACUAAAACCUUAGAAAAAUAUUUGCCAUAUGUUGGUCAUAUACAGAUUGCUCAGGUCCCAGACAGGGGAGAACCAGACAGACAGGGAGAAAUCAAUUAUACCUAUGUGUUUGAAUUACUACAGAAAUUAAAAUAUGAUGGAUAUAUAGGACUUGAAUAUAAACCUAGAGGAAACACAGUGGAAGGUUUGAAGUGGCUGAAAGAUUAUGGAUUACAGAUAGACCAAGGAAGGGAGAGAAUUCCUUGUCCAAUUAACCCCAAACAUACUUGCUAUAAAGACAGUGUGGAGAAACAUCUGAAGAAAUGCAGGAAACAACAAAAAGAAUUGCCGAUACCACUUAAAGAUUUCUCAACAAAAGAGUUGCAAGAUUUAAUUGAAAAGGUUCACAAGCUUUAUGAUGAACAUGUUACCAGGAUUGAUGAAGAAAUCUUGAGCCACCAUUGUCUGGAUGAGGAACUAAGCAAUGAGUCUUAUGGAAUUCCUGCCAUCCGCCACAGAAAACAACAGGCUUCUCUGGUAGGACAGUUACAGAGGCUGGACUUGUUACAUGAAGGCCUGUGCUUUGUGGAGCUUGGUGCUGGCAAAGGUAAUUUAUCCCACUGGAUACAGCAAGCCUUACCAGACAAGUCAGAUCUAGGCUUUGUUUUAGUGGACUAUGGUCAUGUGAGAUACAAGGCAGAUAACAAGCACAAGUGGUCAGAUACAGGACCCAAGUUUGAACGUCUUUGUAUAAAUAUUGCCGACUUAAAUCUGGAGAAAGUGGAGAGUAUUUCAGCCAAUCAGAGACCAGUGGUUGCAGUUGGUAAACAUCUGUGUGGAGGCGCAACAGACUUUGCUUUACGUUGUGUUACAAAAACUCUUAAUGUGCAAAAAUUUGAGGAAAGAACAAGUCAACCAGAAGAGAAGAAAUUUAAGUCAGAAAAUCAUGAUAGUCAUCCAAGGCCAUGUCUAGCAGGCAUUACCAUAGCCCUUUGUUGUCACCACAGAUGUACGUGGGAGACAUAUGUUGGUAAAGAAUUCAUAAAGAACUGUGGACUUUCUCAUAGAGAAUUUACCUUACUGUGUAAACUUAGUGGCUGGACAGCUGCAACAUGGACUGGCUGGAAAACAAAGGAGGAAAUGUACAGAGAAAUUAACAGGGGAAAUUCUAGUAUUGACACUGAAUGUAAAACUGAAAACAAGAACAAUGCUGAUAAUGUCAGUGAUGAGCGGGAUUCAUCUUCACAGACGGAAGAUAAAAACACCACUGUGGAUCAGUCAAUUAAUUCUAAUGACUUUGAGGAACAUCAGGACAGUGAGCAGCCAUUUUCUAGGAGUGACCUUCAGUUGUCAGCAAGUCAGAGAGAAGAGAUAGGCAGAAAGUGUAAGAGAUUAAUUGACAUUGGUCGAGUACAUUACUUGAGGAACUGUGGUCUACAAAGUCAGCUCAAGACCUACAUAGAAGAAAAGCUCACACCUGAAAAUGUUAUUAUUGUUGCAAAAUCUCAGACGUGAUAUUUAUUAAAAAUUUUAUCAUGC